CGUCCAAAUCCACCCAACUCGCCACCGUCUUCCCUCCGACCCGAAUUCACUGCUCUACGUACGUGUUCCACCUCUUUGUCUCUAAGAUGGCCCACAUUCUGCAAGCUGUAGAAGGGGCGGCCGUGGACACCGUUAAGGUGACCCGCGCUCUCCUCUCCGUCUCCGACAAGGAUGGCCUGGUGGAGCUGGCGACCUCCCUCGCCUCCCACGGUGUCGAACUCCUCUCCACGGGGGGUACCGCUAAGGCCAUGCGCGCCGCAGGCCUUACGGUCACAGACGUGUCGGAGUACACGGGUUUCCCGGAGAUGAUGGACGGCCGCGUCAAGACACUGCACCCCAGCGUGCACGGCGGCAUCAUGCACGUGAGGGGCAACGAGGAGCACGAGGAAGCGAUGAAAUCCCAGGGGAUGAAGGCUAUCGACCUGGUGGUGCUCAACCUGUACCCGUUUGAGGCUACGGUAGCCAAGGGCAGCGGCUUCGACACGUGCAUCGAGAACAUCGACAUCGGGGGACCGUCCAUGCUGCGUAGCUCCGCCAAGAACCACAAGUACGUGACCAUCUGCACCAGCCCGGAGCAGUACCCCGCGGUCAUGGCGGAGAUGAAAGCGAACGACGGUUGCACCCCCCUCGGCACCCGGCGGACGUUCGCGGCGGCGGCGUACGCGCUGUCCGCGGCGUACGACAGCGCCAUCAGCUCCUGGUUCUGCGGGCAGCUGGGCUCGGCGGCCCCUGUAACGUCGCGGGUGUACCACCGAGAGAUGGGCCUCAAGUACGGGUGCAACCCUCAGCAGAAGGCGGCCGGGGUGUACUCGCUGUCCGGGAGGGAUCUUCCGUUCACGGUGCUCGGCGGAGUCCCGGGGUACAUAAACCUGCUGGACGCGACAAACGCGUGGCAGCUGGUGAAGGAGCUCAAGGCGGCGACGGGACUGCCUGCCGCGGCGUCGUUCAAGCACGUCAGCCCCGCCGGCGCGGCGGUGGCCGUGCCGCUCAGCGAAGAGGAGAUAGCCGCUUACGAGGUGGGCUCCGUCGAAAUGACCCCGACUGCGAUCGCCUACAUCCGAGCGCGCAACGCCGACCCCAUGUCGUCCUUCGGAGACUUCGCCGCGGUGUCGGACGUGGUGGACGAGGCCACCGCUAAGGUCCUCAAGAGGGAGGUUGCCGACGGCAUCAUCGCCCCCGGGUACGAGCCUGCUGCCUUGGAGAUCCUCAAAAAGAAGAAGGGAGGCAAGUUCAUCGUCCUCGAGGCCAAGCCAGACUACGAGGCUCCGGCGGGGGAGUUCCGCGAGGUGUACGGCGUCGGCUUCUACCAGGACAGGAACUCGGUUGCGUUCGGAAAAGAUAAUCUCAAGGACGUCCGCACGAAGAGCACCCUCCCCGAGGAAGCCCAGCGCGACCUCGUGGUGGCCUCCAUCUGCGCCAAGUACACGCAGUCCAACUCCGUGGGGUACGCGAAGCGCGGGCAGAUGGUGGGCGUCGGGGCAGGGCAGCAGAGCCGCGUCGACUGCGUGAAGCUCGCCGCCAGAAAGGUGUCCGUGUGGUGGUUGAGGCACCACCCCAAGGUACAGGGGUUGCAGUUCAAGGACGGAACCAAGAGGCAGGACCGUGUCAACGCGCGCGUCAGGUACAUCGAGGGUGACAUCACCGCGUCGGAGCGGCCGGCGUGGGAGUCCAACUUCGAGGCCAAGCCGGAGGCCCUGACUGCCGAGGAGAAGGACGCGUUCCUCGCAGAGCUUUCGGGCGUCAGCCUGUCAUCGGACGCUUUCUUCCCCUUCCGCGACUCCAUCGACCACGCCUCCAAGGUGGGGGUGUCCUACGUGGCCCAGGCAGGCGGGUCGGUGGCCGACGAGCAAGUGAUCGCGGCUUGCGACGAGUACGGCAUGUCCAUGGCCUUCACGGGCAUCAGGCUCUUCCACCACUAGGGGAACGUAGCGUAGUCUAGGCUAGGUGUAGCAAAAUAUGUCUUGCUCCAGCGCUUCGUUUCUUUUUUCCACGUAUUGGAGUCCAUAGCCUUGACGAGCAUCAGGCUAUUCCACCCCGUAACGGUAUGCGUACCCAGGUGAAACUGUUGCUCUCCCUACUGUUGUUCGGGUUAUGUUGCUUCAAGAACGGCUAGUCCACGGAGUUUUCCGCCUCUAUCCGCGAGGUGCAUCUUCAAUCAAUUGUGGCGCCAUCGAACGCGUUCGGGUUGUUGACGGUCUUCCGGCGAAUUUGAUCGCCAGCGUGACUAAGUCCCCGGAGGCAACAGUGACGCUCUUACUUGCGAAUGUAGCUGACACAUUCUGACAGAAAUGUUGUUGGAUUUUCGGCCCACACCCAACGCCUAUAAUUGAUGAAAAUGGGGUCUUAUCGAGUACAUGUGCGC